GAAUUUUGCUAUAGAUUGCAGGAUAUCAUGCAGUUCUGGCCCUAAUACUAGUAUAGUUUAAAGGAAGGGGGGACUCAUGAAUUUUCCUUUCUUGAAGGAUGGUGGGGACCACGGAGAAACUAUAUCCAACUUCUAGUUUUCAACUACUGUAAUAGUAUAAAAAGGCCUCUUCCACUUUCAGCAACAAAGGCUAUUUGGUUAGACUUCUAGGUAUAAAACAUAUAUCUCCAGUAUUCCCCCCAUCCUCCACUGAUUUGGCUAUGGCUCCUACUACUCCAAGAGUAGUAAUUCCCAUAGACUUGACAAAGAAGCCAUGGGAACAAAAGCGACCCCUUCACAACCGCUGGCACCCAGACCUACCACCAGUUGCAGAGGUUAAAGUUGGUGAGAUCUUCAGAGUGGAGAUGAUAGACUGGACUGGAGGUUACAUCACCGAUAAUGAUUCUGCAGUUGAUAUGAAAACCUUGGAUCUCUCCACUGUACACUAUCUCAGUGGACCCGUUCGGGUAUUGGAUGAAGAGGGCAUCGCAGCCAAACCAGGUGAUCUUCUUGCAGUAGAAAUCUGCAACUUGGGUCCUCUCCCUGGUGCUGAAUGGGGUUAUACAGGAAUAUUUGACAGAGAAAAUGGGGGAGGGUUUCUGACUGACCAUUUCCCAGGGGCAGCAAAAGCAAUUUGGCAUUUCGAAGGAAUAUAUACCCACUCUCCCCAAAUACCAGGUGUACGAUUUCCUGGUUUAAGCCACCCAGGUAUAAUUGGAACAGCACCAUCAACUGAACUACUACAAAUAUGGAAUGAAAGGGAAGGGCAUCUUGAAGAAACUGGCCUCCAAUCUCUGACAUUAUGUGAGGUCCUGCACACACGUCCAUUGGCAAACCUGCCAACACCAAAAGGCUGUCUUCUAGGAUUGGUUGAAGAGGGUACACCUGAGUGGAAUAAGAUUGCGAGUGAAGCUGCAAGGACAAUCCCAGGAAGGGAAAAUGGAGGCAAUUGUGACAUCAAGAAUCUCAGCAGAGGUUGUAAGAUAUACCUUCCAGUAUUUGUAGAUGGAGCAAAUCUUAGUACAGGUGACAUGCAUUUCUCUCAGGGUGAUGGUGAAGUUUCAUUCUGUGGAGCAAUAGAGAUGAGUGGAUUUCUAGAGCUCAAAUGCGAAAUCAUAAGGGGUGGAAUGCAAGAGUACCUGACACCAAUGGGUCCCACUCCCCUUCAUGUAAACCCAGUCUUUGAGAUUGGCCCUGUUGAACCAAGAUUCUCAGAAUGGCUGGUAUUUGAGGGUGUCAGCGUAGAUGAAAACGGAAAGCAGCACUACCUUGAUGCAACUGUCGCAUACAAGCGUGCAGUACUCAAUGCGAUUGAUUACCUCUCCAAAUUUGGUUACACUAAGGAACAGGUCUAUAUUCUUCUAUCAUGCUGCCCCUGUGAAGGAAGGCUUUCAGGAAUAGUUGAUUCCCCCAAUGCCUGUGCAACUCUUGCAAUUCCAACAGCUAUCUUUGACCAGUUACUACAUUAUGGCUCCUUGCCUGAUGAAAAAGUGACUCCAAUCACUGCAUUGUGACUAUAAUUUAACGAAGCAAUGGUGCUUAGUAACUCCUGUUAUGGCUGUAAUAAAAACCCCACCCUAUCUAUAAAAUAACCUAAGGAGGGGGAGGGGAGGGGGAACCCAACUCGGGGAGUUCCUUUGUUGUUCUCAACCAGUUUAGGCAGGACUGAAAUCUGCAAAGCAUUCUGAAAAUAAUUGAGCCCCUUAUUGGAUAUAUUAAGCUCAACUCACUUAUCCUGACUAAUAUAGGAACAUUGUCUACUGUCUAGGGUCAUAUAUUAUGUGAAUUGUAUGUCAACAAAUCUUUGCUCAAAACCUUGACCAUUGUCUUAGAUUCCUAUUUGUCUUUCUUUUUAUCCUUCCAGAGCCUCCAACUUAGACUACAUCACUCCUCACAAAACUAGGAUUAAGUCCUUUUUCCAGUUUGUCUGCUUUUUUUCUUUUUCGAUAGAUAGUUUGUCUUGUACUUUUUUCAUCCUUCUGAUUAUCUUUGCACCAGUUCUACAUUAUUAUGGUUUUUUUGGCAUAGUAAUGUGUCGUCCGUCUAAUGAAUACAUGUACAUAUACAUAAGUUUAUAUUGAAUGCUCUUACUUCUUUAAAUUGAUUACCUGUGGGUGUUCAGGAUAUUCGACCCAAAUCCAG